GUUCAGCCUGAGCUAGGUUGCUGGUACAGGUGAUGUACAAAGCGAGCGGAUCACUGAUUCGUUCCGCUGCUUGCGUCAGCGAAUUUCACCGACGAGCGGAAGAUCCUCGAGACUCCUACUGAGCCGGAAGCGACGAACCUACCUCAUCAACAUUCCUUCAUCAUAACUCUUGGCUGCGUGUCACCUGUAUCCACUGUUGCGCACUGCCAGCGGACGAGAACAAUGUCCUCGGGCAGCGGAGAAGAGAUGGGUAAGGACCAGACAACGGCAGAGGCGGCCACCGGAGCAGCAUCAGCCUCUCCCGAGGCCGGUCCGCAGCCUCCCUACGACGAAGACUUCAACCCUUUCUCAGAGAAAGACAAGGAGAAGAUUCUGCACGAGGAGGGGUGCAAGGAGGAAGCCGAGGGCUGGAAGUUUGUCAACAGUUCCCAGUACACUGAGGUGUGGAGAAAGGCAGACACCUCCAAACCAGUCCACCUCGUCAAGGGGUAUCUACAGUUCCCUGGUAUUCCACCCAAUGUAGUGGCAGAUUUGAUCCACAAUAGUGAGCGUCGGAAGGAGUGGGACACAUUCUUUGAUGUCAUAGAGGUUGUCGAGGAACACAAAAACUUCAGAGUCAUGUACUGGUUGUCGAAGCUCCCACUGACCAUCUCAGACAGAGACGUGGUCCAAUUCAUCCGCAGGGAGUACGACGAGUCGACAAACACCACCUACUUUCUCUACCGCAACGCCACUCACCCCAACUACCCCGAGAGAAGAGGAAUUGUCAGGGCAGAGACGAUUCUGUCGGGAGUGAUUGUACGUCCGGACCCAGAGGACCCUGGGUCCACCAAACUCUCCCUCAUGCUGCAGACCGACAUGAAGGGCUGGAUCCCUCACAUGAUUGUCAACACAAUUGCAGCACGUUCUCCGAAGCAGUGGAGAGACUCCCUCGCCAACUUUUACACCAACGUCUAUUCCAAGGAGCUGGAGAAACAACGAAGUAGUGGUGAUGGAGCUCAGGGGAAGGAGGAAGAUGGCCAGGGACAAGCAGAGGCGGGAGCGGAGAAACAAGAGUAGCUUUCUCAAAGCAGACCUUGUGUUAUCAUUAAUCAUAGUAUAUAGCCCACAGAGAGGGAUCAAUCAUGCUAUUAUGGGUGUAUGUUGUGCUUGUGGUGGUGUGAGAUCUCCUC